UUGGUAAAAAAAAUUGAUUGAAGAGUGUGGUCGUUUUCUUUUUUUUUUGCAAAAUGAACUUCUCGAGGAAAGCGAGAAUUGGGCAUAGUGGGACUGUUCUCGCGUUGGAUAUAAGUACUGAAGGUGUAUUAUCUAGUGUUGGCGAGGAUGGACGAUGUUUAUUGUGGACACCUGAGGGCCAAAUUAUUCAAGAUCUUAAUGUAAAUAAAGAACACGGUUCAUCCCCAGAUGAUUGUCCAUUAAAUUCAGUCACUUUCAAUCCAUCAGAAAGCAACAAUUUCUAUAUAUCAUCAGGAACACAAGUUCUUGCCUAUGACAUGAGAAAGUGUUCAUCAUGUAUUGUAAACUUUGAUUUUAAUGUGGACGAAAUUAACCAACUUUGUGUGAAUGAUACUGGACAAUAUCUAGCAGCUUGUGAUGAUCACGGUGAAAUUAAAGUUAUUGAUAUUCAGGAAUCACGGCUGUUUAAGACGCUUGCACGACAUCAUGAUAAUAUAUGUUCCUCUGUUCAGUUCAGACAUAAGAAGUCUUGGCAACUAUUGAGUGCAGGGCUUGAUUGUCAUAUAAUAAAUUGGGAUUUCUCAAGUGGAAAGCCACAGCAACUAUUUAAUAUCAAUGAUUGUGUAAUGAAAAACAGUGAAGAAAACCAAACAUUAUUCAUUAAUCCUCCAUUUGUUCAUUCACUUUCUGUGCGUAAAGAUGGAAAGACAUUUGCAACAGGUUUAGGAAAUGGAGAGAUUGGAUUUUUUAAAUUCCAAGGGAAGAAAUUUGAAUGCACCAAUAAAUUUAAAGCUCACAAUUCAGAAGUUAGUCAGGUUUAUUUUUUUAGUCCUGACACCACAGCAUGUUUUCUGGUAUCUGCUGGAAAUGAUGGCAAGAUCAAUAUCUGGAAAGAAACACAAACUGAACAAAAAAUGAAUUACGAGCUAUGUCAGGAGUUAGUUCAUUGUAGUAAGAUAAACUGGAUAGCUUGUUCUUCAUUUAAAACAAAUUCUAUCUUUGUUGCUGAUCAAUCUUCAAUUGUUCAUGUUUAUGAACAACAAUAAUGUAUUGAGAUAAUUUCUAACUUAUGAAAGAUCAUCAUGGCAGUAUAGCAAGACACUGACUUAAAAGUGAAAACCACCAUAUCAGUGACAUUACAAUAUCAAUCCCACUGCAAAAAUACAGAUCCAACUUUCAAGUUCCAACCCUUUUCCAUCCAAAUCCAGUACUGUGCAGAAAGAAACAAAGCUUAUUUCAUCAAAAACCUGAGUGUUGGGGCCACCUAUUAAAUACUACAUGGUACAUACGUGACGAUACGUCUUGACCUGACGAACUUCAGCACGCAGUCUAAAUAUAUGGAGACUGGCAGGAAUUUUUGUUAAUCAGUCUUCUUU